ACCCUUUUGAGAUUUUUCUGUUUUGUUCAGGAAAGUUGGUAUUUUGAGUAACUUCUGUUUGGUUGCUGAGAAAAUAACUGAAAUUUCCAAGAAAAAAGUCUCCUGCUUUGUAUUGUAUUUGAAGAGAAUUAUGGUUUCUGGAUUCAAAGCUUGUUUUUGGUAACAGUGGAGAAUUUGGGUUGGUUAUAAAUGGAAAUUUCUUUCAGAAUUAACCAGGCAAACCAUGUUAAGCUUUUGUGUGUUUGUCUGGUAUAAAGUUGGCCUUUUGAGUCUCUGUUUGGUUGCUGAGAAAAUAACUGAAACUAACUAGAAAAAGUCACAUGCUUUAAUGUUGCACUUGUAAAAAAUUUGCUCUCUAGUACUAAUUUUUACUUCCUCAUAAUUUUUCUUCAAGGGAUUCUUACAUGCAACGGCUGUGAUUUUACGUGACGAGUGAGAUAUAGAGCGGAGAUAAACCACUGGUUAUCACUAUUGUUGUAUAUAUUGGCGUUAGUUCAUGCAUGAUACACUUUUUGUUGUUUGGCUUCUUUCUUUUUCAGGAACACAUGGCCGUGGUUCCAAUAUGCUACAAAAUGCCAUAUAGAGGCUGUGGUGAAUCAAAUCACUAUGUAAUCGGACAGAGGGACAGAGGGUUUCGAUGUGAUUGUAUUCCAACUUCAGAAAAUAAUGCAAGAAAACAUAAGAUUCUUGGGAUGGUUUGGUAUGCUGCAUCAGAUUCUGGGAACCAUUUGAGAUCCUUGGAUUCUUACUUUGGGAAGCUCCAAAACGUCACAAAUGUGCCUCUGGACGAGUCAAACACGACAAGGGAGCAACCACUCAGUAAAAAUAAUGGUCAGCUGAGACUAAAGGAGGGUUUGGAGUCUCUUGAUGAUUAUCUUGGAAAACUUAGAAAUCAAGAUGGAGACUCGACGAAAUCAUCUAGUUCUGUUGAUCUUGCUACUGAAGACAUUCCAAUUGCAAAACCAUCAGCUAUCAAUCGAGAUUCCGGAAAAGGUGAUGAGAGGGUACUGAAGGCAUUCAGAAAUCCUAUACGUGAAAGGGAUGAUCUUGGUCCAAAGAUUUCUAAAGACUCGCUCGAGUAUAAUGAAAUCUCUGAUCUCUACUUAAUAAGCCUAUUAGGUUCUGUAAACAUUGCAGUUUUUCUGUUCGAGAUUGCGAGUCCGGUUAGGAACACUGACUUAGGGCUCUUCUCUCUUCCAUUGCUAUAUGGAGCAAAGAUAAAUGAUUUGAUCCUGGUUGGAGAAUGGUGGAGGCUAGUCACACCCAUGUUUCUGCACUCGGGGCUUUUCCACAUAGCUGUUGGUUGCUGGGGACUCGUUGUAUUUGGGCCUAAAGUGUGCAGAGGCUAUGGAUCAUUCACAUUUUUCUUGAUUUACAUACUCGGAGGAGUCUCCGGCAACUUGAUUAGCUUUCUUCAUACACCAGAGCCAACUGUUGGUGGAACGGGACCAAUAUUCGCCAUGAUCGGAGCUUGGCUUGCUUAUCAGGUCCAAAACAAGGACAUAAUUUCAAAGGAUAUUUCGGAGAGUAUGUUCCAAAAGGCUGUCAUAACCACGCUUCUUAGCUUCGCGUUGAGCAUUUUCGGUCCUAUUGAUGAUUGGACACAUUUUGGAGCAGCAUUUGCAGGAGUGGCAUAUGGGUUUUUGACAUGCCCAACUCUUCAACUGGAUGAUGCAUCAUCUUCUUCAACAAGUGGCCAAGAGGAAGGAAUCGCACUUGUUAGACGAUAUGCAGAUCCUUGCAAAUCACUGUUUUUCUUUGCCUAUUUGUUCUUGUAUUAAGCUCUCUACUUUUCUUUGUGGGACCUCCCCUGAAUGUCAUUGCAUCAGAUACUUCUCUGUAAAACUUCUACAAGGAUGCGAAACCAUCAAUUUAUACAACACAUUAGCUCAUAUGUGUUUCUUGUGUAGCACGCAAGAGGGUAAA